AUGUCUGCUGUUCCUUCGGCCGCCCAAGAGGAGUCCCCGCGGAACCUCCAAUUCCAUGCACAUGCAACCUCCACCUUCUUCACGACACUCCUACUCAUCUCCUUCACGUUGUUGCUGCUCUUCUACCUCCGCCGCCGCCGCCAGAAGCUCGGGAGCGUCACCACUCUCGUCGUCUCCUCCCCCGCCAUCGCCCGCGACGUCCUCAAGACCAACGACCUCUCACUCUGCUCCCGCCCCGACAUCGCGACCUGGCGCCGUUACUCCUACGGCAGCCUCGAAGUCGCUCUCUCCCCCUACUCCCCCCGCUGGGUCAGUGCGCGCCGGCUCUUGGUCACCCACUUCCUCUCCCCGCGCCCGGUCCGAGGCCUCUCCGCCGCGAGGGAGGAGGAGGUACGGACCCUGAUGAACACCGUGGCCGCUGCCGCCGUGUUCGGCCACACGGUCGACCUCAGCAAGAGUCUGAUGAGUUUGGUGAGCUGCAUUGUAUGCCGGGCCGUGUUUGGGAAGAGGUUCGCGCCGGCGGGGGAAUCCUCGAUGAGCGAGAUCGGGGGCGUGUUAUGUCUGACGGCGGAGAUCUUGGGGGGGUUCGUCGCUGGGGACUACUUCCCGUGGGCGCGCCGCUGGCUCAACGCCGUCACGGGAGUGCAUGGAAGGCUUGAGAGGAGCUUCAAGGAGUGGGACGACUUGUUCGAAAGGGAAAUUAAAGAGCGGGAACGCGCCGGCACCGGCAGUAGUGACGACGGCACCUAUGCCAGUGUUCUGAUGCGCUUAGUCAGAGAGGAACAGAGUAACAAGGAAGGCGGCCUCACGAGGGACGCCGUGAAAGCUUUUCUCUGGGUAAAAACCACGUACCGUCCAAAUAUUGGCGAAUUACGGAAUCCUAUAUAA